CACCACCUCUUCUUACUCCACCUUCCUUCCUUUUCCUUUUGUAUAAUAUUUAUUCUUCUUCGCAUCACCGAUCUGAUCUGGUCUGAUCGCCGUGCUCCCUCAAAUGUCGUCGGCGUCAAACCCUCCCCCUACAGCAAGGUUGGAGGGUAAAGUGGCAAUCAUCACCGGCGGCGCGAGCGGCAUUGGGGAGGCGGCCACAAGACUGUUCGUCCGGCAUGGGGCGGCGGUGGUGGUGGCCGACGUACAGGACGAGUUGGGCAGGCAGGUGGUGGCCUCCAUGGGGUCGUGGCGGGAGAGGGUGAGGUACCGGCGGUGCGACGUGCGGGAGGAGGAGCAGGUGGCGGAGACGGUGAGGUACGCGGUGCGGGAGUUCGGGAGGCUGGACGUGAUGGUGAGCAACGCCGGGACCAUCGAGCCCUACGCCAGCAUCCUGGAUCUGGACAUGGCGGCGCUGGAGCGGGCGAUGGCCACCAACGUGCGCGGGGUGGCGGCCACCAUCAAGCACGCGGCCCGGGCCAUGGUGGCGCAGGGGGUGAGGGGGUCCAUCAUAUGCACGGGGAGCGUGGCGGGGUGCCUGGGGGGAUCGGGCCCGCACGAGUACACGGCGUCCAAGCACGCGGUGGUGGGGCUGGUGCGGUCGGCCUGCAGCGAGCUGGGCCGGCGGGGGAUCCGAGUCAACUGCAUCUCGCCGUUCGGAGUGGCGACGCCGCUGGCGUGCGCCGUCUACGGGCAGGAGCCCCGCGAGGUGGAGCAGGCCUGCGGGGAGGCCGCCAACCUCAAGGGCCUGGUGCUCAGGGCCGACCACGUCGCCGAGGCCGCGCUCUUUCUGGCCUCCGAUGAGUCGGCCUACGUCAGCGGCCUCAACCUCACCGUCGACGGCGGGGUUUCCGUCGUCGCGCACCUCUGCCGCUCCCCGACUUGA